CCGUCUGCCUGUCUGCCUUUCUGUUUGCCUGCCUGUCUGUCUGUGUGCAUAAAGGAGAACUCUUCAGAAUUGUAAUUAUGUCUUGACAACCCUCCUUCCACUUCAGCGCGCAGACAUGGUUUGGGGUUUUUCACAGCGUUGGUGGUUGGAGACACUGCAUGCACUUGGCGGGUGAUGAACAAAAUGAAUAGGAAUGCAUUGAAUUUGAAGCAGUUUAAACGUGUUCGUGAGAAUGUGAGAGAUUGUGUGAACACCUCGCCUAAUCCUCUUAAAAGACUGCAGGUAUUAUGCUGAGCCGUGGAGAGGAGGUGUGAGCUGUCAUCCUGCGGUGCGCCCUUGUAGCUCCUCACCAAAAACUAGAGUCAGCAUCUCUCAACCCAAUCCCUUUACGUUAGCGCACACAGCUGGAGAGAGAGCUCGCGUCUAGAUCACCUCUAUCACAACAACUCAGCGAUUAAAGGUUGGCGCUGGGACAUCAUGCCAGGACUAUGACAUUAAAACAGACUGUGCUGAAGAUGUGUGCUGACCGCUCGCUCAACUGCAUUAUUUGGCCAACUAAUGCUACUGGACCUGUUCCCAUAAGCCUAACCAUGCAUCUGACACGGGCCUAAUCUCCCGCAGUGGGAUUCAAGACCCCUCUGGCAGCGGGGAACAAUGCAUUUACCACAAAGACGGAGACUCAACCGGAGUCGCAUCCUCUUCUUCCUCUGUGGUGUAUUACUGUGCUGCGUCUACACCGUGACGUUCAAGGCCCGGCUGCAGGAGCCAUGGGUGGCCCGCCAGGCCGCAGCAGAGGAGGAUCCUGGGACAGCACUCCCAGAGGAAGGGGGCGGUAAUGAUAGUAGUAGUGUUCUGGAGGUAGACACACGAGAGGUGGUGACCUCUAACCCCUCUAGCCUAACAGAGAGCUAUGAUGAUGACGUCAUCACCAGGGCUCCUACUGUGCUGGAGGGGGAUGACGUCAUGGUGAUAACUGUCAACAGGACGGACAUUAAGCACUGUAUCUACGUAGAGGACCCUGAACCCGAGCGUCCGACUGAACCUCCUCCCACCUCCCCUCCUCCUAACACCACCACCUCCCCGGGUCUCCCUGGAGACGUCCCCCACAGGAAGGGAGAGUACCCAGAGGACCUGUUCACGGUGGACCAGAGGAGGCAGGGCUGGGUGACCCUCCACAUCCUGGGCAUGGUCUACAUGUUUGUCUCCCUCGCCAUCGUCUGUGACGAGUUCUUCGUCCCGGCGCUCGGCGUCAUCACCGUGAAGCUCGACAUCUCCGACGACGUCGCCGGGGCGACCUUCAUGGCUGCAGGAGGCUCCGCCCCCGAACUGUUCACCUCUCUGAUUGGCGUGUUCAUCUCCCAUAGCAACGUGGGCAUCGGGACAAUCGUGGGGUCGGCGGUGUUUAACAUCCUGUUUGUCAUCGGGAUGUGUGCCAUCUUCUCCAGGGAGAUGCUCCACCUCACCUGGUGGCCCCUGUUCAGAGACGUCUCCUUCUACAUCAUAGAUCUGAUCAUGCUGAUCGUGUUCUUCUUGGACAACACCAUCAUGUGGUGGGAGAGCGUAAUGCUGGUGUCGGGUUACGUGGCCUAUGUCUGCUUCAUGAAGUUCAACGUGCAGAUCGAACACUUCGUCAAGACGCAGAUCAACAAACACAAGAGCAUCGUGAAGAUCAUCAUGCCAGAGGAGGAGGAGGAGGAGAAGGAACCCAAGAAGCAGAACAGUGGACCUCCACCACCUGUUUCACCAGAACCCAAACCACAACCUCAAGACUCACCCCAGAAGAGAGACAGAGAAAAACUGAAGGUGAAGCCCACUCUCCAGAGAGGAGGGAGUAAUGCGUCUCUCCACAACAGCACCAACAGAAACACCAUCUUCCAGCUGAUGAUCCACACACUGGACCCGCUGGGAGAAGAGACAGGCUUUAGCAGAGAUGUUAGAGGCCCUGGUCAGAGGAGAGUUAGACAAGAAACAACAGCCUUUAAUGGGGAGGUCAGGACUGAGGUGUCGGUGCAGGGGAAAGCUGGACCUGAGAAGACUGAGCAGGCCGAACCCUCGACCUCCCAUACCACACCUAAAGAAGAGGAGAAACCAGGCCCGUCAGAGACUCAGACGGACCAGGGCCCAGCGGGCGCAGGGGGAUCCGACGGCUCAGACAGCGGUGAGGAGGACGAGAGCGAAGAAGAGAGCGAGGAUGAGGAAGAUGAGGAUGAUGAAGACGAUGAUGAUGAUGAUGAUGAUGAGGAAAAUAAAGAAGAGGAAGAGGGUGAAGAGAAUGAGGAGCCUCUGUCGUUAGAAUGGCCAGACACCAGACGUAAACAGGCCACAUAUCUGUUUCUCCUACCGAUAGUGUUCCCUCUGUGGCUCACUGUGCCCGACGUACGCAACCCGGCUUCCAGAAAAUACUUUGCCAUGACGUUUAUUGGUUCCAUCACGUGGAUCGCUGUGUUCUCCUAUCUAAUGGUCUGGUGGGCACAUCAGGUGGGGGAGACCAUAGGCAUCUCAGAGGAGAUCAUGGGGCUGACCAUCCUGGCAGCAGGCACCUCCAUCCCUGACCUCAUCACUAGUGUCAUCGUGGCCCGUAAAGGACUGGGAGACAUGGCUGUGUCCAGCUCAGUGGGAUCCAACAUCUUCGAUAUCACUAUGGGCCUGCCUGUCCCAUGGUUGAUCUUCUCGGCGAUGCAAGGCGGUGUACCGGUGGCGGUGAACUCCAACGGUCUGUUCUGUGCCAUCGUGCUCCUCUUCGUCAUGCUCCUCUUCGUCAUCAUCAGCAUCGCGGCGUGUCGGUGGAAGAUGAGCCGUGUUCUGGGCCUCACCAUGUUCAUGCUUUACUUCGUGUUCCUGGUGCUCAGUGUGAUGCUGGAGGACCGUGUUAUUAUUUGCCCCGUCUCCAUCUGAGGUCAGAGGUCAGACACCAUUAUGUUAGCUUCAGGAAUGUUUAUUUAUUUAUUUUUUACUAAGAUGAAACUGAAUAUGUUGUACUGUACAGAGCAUUAUGGGUAUUGUAGUACAUUGUACUACAAUGAGGGAGGGGAAAAAGGCGUGUCAGGAAGUCAUUUAAAUAAUCACCGCGCAACUGUGUCGUCAGUCACUAACAUUCAUGGCUGUGACGGUAUAGGGAGCGGAUUCCCCAGUGUUACUGUUGACAGAGGGGAUUCCCCAGUGUUACUGUUGACAGAGGGGAUUCCCCAGUGUUACUGUUGACAUAGGGGAUUCCCCAGUGUUACUGUUGACAGAGGGGAUUCCCUAGUGUUACUGUUGACAGAGGGGAUUCCCCAGUGUUACUGUUGACAGAGGGGAUUGUGUUGUCUAUGUUGAAUCAGUGGACACCUCCAUGGUUGGACUAUUUCUGGUCUCUUUCACCAGAACUGACGUGCAACAGUAGAGGUUGUCUGUCCACAACUACUGAAGAGAGACUCUUAUCAGAACUGACGUGCAACAGUAGAGGUUGUCUGUCCACAACUCCUGAAGAGAGACUCAGUAAUUGUAGAAGUUGUCCAGCCACACACACACACAUCCAUGUUAGUGUUCAUCCAUGUAAAAAAAAUGUCAAUACAGCCAUUUCUUUUAGAGUUAAAAAAAAAAAACCGACAACAAAAAAACUGGUUUAUCAGGUGCAGAGAGGUACAGCAGCUUUUGAGUUCUCAUGUAAAUGAUUCUGUGUCUAGAAAACCCAGGAAUGGUGUAGUUCAGGUACACGACCCAGAUGUAACCUUUAUUACAUUAACCGUCAGCGUUGUAGUGUCAUGUGUUAUGUAUGUAUGCAAUACACUUGUGUGGUUCAGAUGGAUGCAAAGAGAAUGUAUUGAUGUAUAGUAAACUAUUCAUAUGUUGUACUUACAAUCCAUGCAGCAAUUAAAUCCUUUUUUAAAAUAAUAUUCAAUAAAA